AUGCAGACUCAGUUGCCGGGCUGGCAUGUCGAUCCUACAACGUACAGUUGCAUUAACAAUGCGGUGGCGAAAAUAUCAAGACUACGCGAAGACUCUAGCAAGCACGAUGAACAACCGGUAUUCCGUGUGGGACUCAAGGGGGGAUUAGCAAGGCAUCUGCUUGGGCAGGACGAACAGCAACCGGCAAGCCUACCGUAUCAGAAAGGGACCGCCGGUAGACUGGGCCCAGAAGAAGAGGUAGUCCCGCUAUCCGCGGCAGUACUGGACACAAUAGCGAAGGCCGUUGAGACGACAGAUCCCGAGAGCACAACACUCUACACGGGUAGCAGUGAAGAGAGAGAUUUUGAAAUGUGUACUUUCUGGAGGCUGGAGCGGCCUGGCGGCUCUCAACCGCUCGAAGCCACGUCCCUAAGCAGGGCUUGUCCUGAGAAGGCGGUCAGCAUGCCUGUACCAGACUUCGCCACAAAUAGAUGA